ACCUUCAUCCCAACCAAACCUCCAUCAAAAACCUCACCUCCAAUCAAACUUCACUAAAAUGUCUGCCACUGUAGUCAACAUCGCUCGAAAAUCCGGCUCUUUACUUCCACUUGGCGCCAUCAUAGGUACCACUAUCAUCACUGCUGGUGUUUGGGGUGGUUCAUGGCUUCCAACACGUGGACAACCAGCUGAACGCGCUUUCGCGCCUGUUCAACAACCUUGGCAAGUCAAGAAUGAGCGUGAUGCCACCAAUAAGGACCGAGUGGCUCGCUACAAGUACUUGUACAAAGACCAAGUUACUGGUGAAAUCAAGGAAGCGCCACCGGCCAUCAGCAGUGGUGUCUACCCUAUCAAGAAAAUGCCCACUGAGUUACACGGGCGCUUCCCCGCGGCUCGACAUGAUGCCGAUUGAUCUCUGAACACCUUUGUUGAUUGAGAUCGUAUAGCGCACAUAAUUGAUUUUCGUUAUCGUUCUUUGUGACGCUAUUAUGAAUUUUUUAAAAUCUUAUCGUAAGAAUCGAUUGUAUUUUUCUCCUCUUUUUUUCCUUUUCAUCUUGCACUUGUAGCAUGUACUAGUAAAACAAAAAUUGUUAGCAAUUGAGUCGUCUUUUCAUUAUGCAGAUUGAGGAAAUUGACGACUUUGCCCCAUGCAGCACAUAUAUACUAGUGAUUUGAAUGUGUUGUCUCAAAAGUUGUCCGUUAGACAUGUCCUG